AUGGCGGAAACCCUAAGCCCUAAUCCUGCAGUGGGUCAGAAGCAGAGGUUCCGCAUCCAGUCCCCCACUAGCCCCUUCGUCUUGGGCUCCAACAACGACCAGCUCGAACGCGCCCAGGCACGCGCUGCCCGAGCCGCCGCCAUCCGCCGCAAGAGCCUCGGCCUCAGCCAACCUCUUCAGGCCAACUCCGAUCACUGCCUCAACAAGCAGCAGAUCCUCGAUUUGUUCCAGAACUGCAUCAAACUCGCCAGCGAAAACAAAAUUAAUCAGAAAAACACAUGGGAGUUGAACCUGAUCGAUCAUCUUACUGAUAUCAUCAAGGUCGAACAAGAAGAUGACGCGGAGACUAAUUUUCAAAAGGCAAGCUGCACUCUUGAGGCCGGAGUCAAAAUUUAUUCAUUACGAGUGGAUUCAGUGCAUUCUGAGGCAUAUAAAGUUCUUGGUGGGAUGAACAGAGCAGGCCAAGAAGCUGAGCAAGCUUCCUUUGUCGUGGAUCCUCUUUAUCGCCAGACAACAGCAAAAUUUGAUGAAGGUGGAGCCAAGGGUCUUUUAAUGAAUAAUCUCGGUAUAUAUGGUGGAUGUAGGGUGCUCUUUGAUUCACUAGAAGUUCCUGCGAAGUGUAUGGCAAGACAAGAUCAAUCUGAUAUUUCAGAUACUAUUGAUCUUUCCUUUGUCAAAGAUUGUUUCGAGCAGAUGGUCUUGGACAUGCGUGUGAAGGAUGAAAUUUCUCCAAGUCUGAGGAAUAUAGUAAACCUAUUUGAUGAAAGUAACAGAAGGCCCACUAAUGUUCAACUUCACGGCAAGAAUUCAUCUGAAGGUCUUGAUUUUUCUUCUUUUAAUAAUGAAAUUUUUUUUGACAAAGAACAUGAGAACAGCACGUCCUGGAGUGACGAUCAUGAUCACCAGACGGUUGUCGCCGAUGUAGACUAUAAUGAUGCAGAUCCAGGUUUUCCCAGUUACCCGCAGGACAAUGAUGAGCCAUUUCCCUCCCCAGACGCUUAUAUGGAUGAUAGAUUUGACAACGUUGACGGAUAUUUGUUUCUGAGUUUGGGUUUUAAUUCAAAACAAAACGCAUGGGCUGGCCCUGAUCAUUGGAAGUAUCGAAAAUCCAAAGUCUCAGAGGUUCAUCUUACUUCCGAAGAUGGGUCGACCCUGAAGAGUAGGCAGCCAAAGAGUAAGAAGCAAACUGAAGCUGAACUAAAUUUCACAAAUUCUCUUGAGAAAGAAAUGCUAGAUACAUUUUCUCCUCCCAAGAACCCCAAAUUGUUGCUUCUCCCUGAAAGCAGAUUGCCUUGCAAUACAAAACUUCCUGAGGACUGCCACUAUCAGCCAGAGGAUCUUGUCAAGUUAUUCCUUCUGUCUAAUGUGAAGUGUAUCGGGAGGAGGGCAAACAGCUUCUCAGAUGGAUCUAGAGAACAAUCCAACGAAUAUGAAUCGUUCCCUUCGUGGGAUAAUGGAAGUGUUUGUGGGGAUGACUCUGGUGACUACGGAGGUGAUCUUCAGAGUGACGUGGAGGACUCCAACACUCUUAUUAGUCAGCCUCGCCAGGUCAAUAAAAUUGAAGUCCAGUACGACAAGACUUCCAAACAAGUUGAUGUUCAUGCACUAAAAAUUACUAUUUGGGACCAUGUUCAAGAAUCUGUUAAACUUCCUUUACAGGGUCAAAAGGAUACCUUAUCUUUCAGGAAUAUAUUGGCCAACUUUCCUAGCGAAUGCAAUGCUGCUGCAACCAUUAGUGACAUCUCUCCUCAUUUGUGCUUCAUAUGUCUAUUGCAUUUGGCAAACGAGAAAGGAUUGAGCAUUCAAAACUGCCCCAACUUGGAUGAUCUUACCAUACGCCUUCCACAUGUUGCGGACUCUAUAAAGGGAACAGUUUAG